GACUAAGCGAGAGCAGCAGUUGAUGCAGAGACGUCGUCAUGCUGAGGACCUGCUGGAGUGGAAGCAGCGUCUGGACCAGGAAGAGGCUGAGGUCCGCAGGAUGGAGAGGGAGGCCCUGGAGUCCUGGGACCGCCACACGCCCCGGGGCCAGGAGGGCGAGGGCUCCACCCCCGCUGGGGGCAGGGCUUCCAGGGAGAGAGGUGUUGUGAGUGUGGGAGAGUCCUCUCCAGUGCCUACAGAGUCCAGCGUGCACACCGAGUUCCCCGGCUCCCACCCUCCCUCCGGCUCCACCCACAAUAGCCCGGCUAGCUACUCCCAGGACUUUGACUCCAUCCCCCACUCGCCCCACCAGAGGUCUCCUCCAGCUGAAGGCAGCCCCGGUUCCUCCGCGCUGCAUGAGGCCAGCGGGGCGAGGACGCUGCCCCCCUCCCCCCGGACCCCUGGCCAGGCCCUGGCCCCGGACACCCCCUCCGCCGCCCAGACCGAGCCCGUGUGGGAUCAGAGUGACAUCGAGAGCCGGAUCCGGGCGCUGAAGGAGGAGCUUCGGAAACGCAAGUCGAUGGUCAACCAGCUGAAGAAGGAGCAGAAGAAGAGACACAAGGAGCGCCUGAAGGCCCAGGAGGCCAGCCUGCUCAAACAGCUGGAGUCCUACAACAACUUCAUCCAGAAGACUGAGGCUGAGCUGAGCAAGGAGCCAGACUCUCUCCACGCCACGAAGCCCCAGAUUAAAGUCCCCACUGCCUCAGAGAGACCCAGGGUCAAACCUCCACCUCCAGACAGAUCUGAAACCAGUCAAAGUUGGAAGGCUGGCUCUGAGAAGAUAGGCCGUGAUUCUCCUACGGAGCACGAUGACCUCACCCCACUUGGACGCAGCAGAUCCACCUCUUUACCUGAGGAGCUGUCAGACGAGGACCCUCCUACCGUCACCCCCACCCCCGUCUACGGCAGCCCGGAGCACAGCAACGCCCCGAGAGACCUGCUUUCCCCUCAGGCCGCCUCCAGGCCUCCGUCCAGAGACACCCAGCACCUGAGCGGGCCGUCCCAGAAACCAAGCACCGAGCUGGGGGAGAGCGGCGCGGUGUCCAGCCAAAGGUCCGAGGUCCUGGAGGAACUGGAAGUGGAGGGCUCUCAGCGUUCCACGUCUGAAGGUCUCUUCCAAAUGAACCUGGAACAGAGACUCGCCUCCUCCAGGGGUAACCAGCGGGGGUAUUCCCCAACGAGCCGGUUCCAUGCGGAGGAGAGGCCGAAACCAGGGGAUUCCCCCGACGUUGAUGACGUCAUCAAAUCUGGGACGUCCCUCGCUAACAAAACCCCUUCCGUCGCCACGGAGCCCAGAGAUCCCGACCUUCUCGACGCCGAAUCUUCUCUUAGUGACCGCUCCCUGUCCCCAGACCCUAAAGAGCUCUCCUCUAAGAGAGAGCUUCCAGCUGAAGGCACGGAGGCCUCUCCUCAUUCGGCAGACGGUUACCAUGAAGACUUUGAGUCCUCCGUGGAGUCGUCUCCCAGGGAGGGGGCCCAGCGCGGCUCCAAGCCCACCUCGCCCUCCUCGCCUGGCCACCCAGGACCCGUUAGGCCCGUGGAGGGUUCUCCGACCGGGUCCCCUCGCUACAGCAGCUCAGAGGACAGGAAGGGAGACAUAUCGGAGGAGUUCAGCCAACACUCGGACACUUCCAACGACAGCCACCGGUCUGGGAGGAUGCUGGACCUCCAGAAACAAACCGUGGUUUCGCAGGAAGACGCCAAGGAUGGCGUUUUUAGCCCCAAACACUCCCUCUCCCAGAACUCUUCCCUCCCGGGCGUAGAUGAGAUGCCCAGCUUCAGCGUUGGAGAUCGGGUGUUGGUCAGCAGUGUUCAGCCGGGGACCCUCAGGUUUAAAGGUCAGACACAGUUUGCUAACGGGUUUUGGGCGGGCGUAGAGCUGGACGAGUCUGAAGGCAGCAACAACGGAACGUACGACCACGUGGUGUACUUCCUGUGUGAGGAACGCCACGGCAUCUUCGCCCCUCCCGACAGGAUCUCCCACCUCCCCGACAAGUUUGAGGUAUACGUGGACACCACGGAAGACGAAGACUCGUUCUUGGACGACCUGUCGGACAAGGACGCCAAGACGAGCACCGCUGACAGGAAGUCCAGACGCGGAGGUGUGAAGGACCGGACGCCUCAGAGGGCUUCUGGGGGCGGAGACACGGCGCCUACUGAUGAUGUCAGCGACGGCCCAGUGGAUCACCAGAACAACCUCACCGCUCCCAAACACAAGCCUCAGACCACAUCGGCGGAUAUCAAGGAGCAGGGAGAGCGGUCGAUCCCCAACGGCCGGAGCAGAGACAUCAUCUUGGAGCUAGAAGAUGCCCCAACCGCCCUGUACAUCUCCGACAUGGACAAGAUCGACUGGGGCAGGCGGAGUCUGAAGGAGACCACCAGCCUCAUUGAGUCCCGAGGCCGGGAGGGGCAGCUGAAAAGCCCCUCCUCCGAGGCUGAAGUCAGGGGCGGCGACACCCUCAGCACCUUUGCAGAUAAGCUCAUCAACACCUUUGUGAAAGAUGCCGUGAAGCAGUUCACCCAGAUCAGGAGGGCCAAGGAGGAGAAGAUCACAACCGCCAACCAGGUGACGGCCGUGCCGACGGGAGGUGAAGGGUCGAUGGUUUCGGGGAUCCAGAGAGAUGGUCUUCCCUUCUUCUUCGACUCUGAGCAGGAGGAGGUUUCUUCCCCGGAACUCUGCAACAGACCGGAAAGCCCCGUACUGGGAGCGAGCGGGCAGGAGGAGCUGGCCAGGCGGCUGGCAGAGCUGGAACUGAGCCGCGAGCUCCUGGACGAGCUGGGGGACGAGCAGGACUGGUUCGACGAGGACUUUGGACUCAGCACCCGCCGGGAGCAGCAGAGGCAGAAGCAGAGAGAGGAGGAGGAGGAGGAGGCGCAGGGCGGGGGAGGAGCAGGACGCUCAGUCCUGGGGGGUCAGGGAGAGACGAUCCCGGUGAAGACCCCCCCCAGACCGGAGCUGCCGUUGCCUCCGAAGCUGCCUGAGCAGCCUGCCAUGGUGGUGCCCCACACCGCCCUGCAGGUGGAGAUGCUGGUCCACGCUGCCAUCCAGGAGAUCUGGCAAGGCUGUGGGCUGGGCGGCGGGGGCACCAUGACGCUGACUGGCCUGCCCGUCCCCAAGCCCUCCGAAAGGUUCCUGGGACACGAUGCCAAGGGUCAGGACCUGGAGGCGGUGGCCAUCCGCAGCUACAGACGGGCCGUGUACGACCUGACCUGGGAGAUCAUCCAGGAGAUCUACGCCGAAGACCCCAACGCACACCAGCCCCUGUGGAUGAAACCCCGUCGUGUCAACUCCUCCUCCCUCCACAGAGUCAAGACUCCAGGGAACGUCACCAACGUCCAGGAGUUCAUCGCCACCGAGGUUCUGAAGCUGUACGGUCUGAAGAAGGACAAGAACCAGAAGACUGACUGGCAGAAGAUGUUGAAGUUCGGGAGAAAGAAGCGAGAUCGAGUCGACCACGUUCUGGUCCACGAGCUCCACGAGGAAGAGGCCCAGUGGGUGAGCUACGACGAGGACGAACUCUUCGUCAAGAUGCAGCUGGCGGACAGCAUCUUCGACGCACUGAUCAAGGACACAGCCCAGGUGUUUUCCCAGAUCCAGGACAAGAGAUCCCGACAGCCCUGGCUCUCCUGAACGUGCAGGUUGAGCCGCGCUCACAACCCUGCCUCAGAAUGCUCUUCCUUCCCUCAGCCACAGUGCCAACACUCCUGACACCUCCAGACCCGCUAGCAAACCGCUCACCUGCUAAACGCUAACGUUAGCUACUAGCUAACAACAAAUAGCUCAGUGCGGAUAGCUAGCUACCUUACCUGUCUUACUCCAGACUCCUCAGAUCCAGCCUCUUUUCACCGAUACCUCUGAUUGGCUCACGCUCAGCUCAGGGUGGUCCAGGAGAACCUCUCUGAGCAGACUGGGCUGUGUGCGACCGUGUAGUGCCAUGCGUAGCGUGAAGUCUGUCAGUGCUGCUAAGUUGACAGGUCCAGGGUGGCCUGUCAUGUCUGGUGAGCAUAGGUCACAUGGGCACAGGUCACAUGGGCACAGGUCACAUGGGCGACUUCUCGAGAGCUGUUUGUGUGGAGAUGUCAACCUAAAAAAAAGAAACUUUUGAAGACAAAAUUAAUUGUAUAGGCGUGUCUUUGUGGAUAUCAGAUUUGGUUGUAUAAAAGAGUAAUUAUAUUGCCUCCUGCUGUGUAAUAUUUAAUAUCAUAUGAGGAAUAUGUAAUUAGGACAAAAUGAUUAGUUCAAUAUAAGUAAUCUUGCUGUUAAUGUUUAGAGACAAAGAUUAUUUUAGUGUUUUGUACCGCAAAACUGAUUAAAUGGUAAAGCACAAAGUUACAUGUGAAUGUGGACAGGGCAGUAAACGGUAUUGUAAAUGGAUUUUAAAAGGAAUGUUAUUUGAAACUUGUAUAAGAGCUCCUUUUUGUAUUUAAUAUUUAAACAUCGAAAUAUUAGUAAGUGAUCUUCAACCUUGUUCACCUCUUCCACCAGUUUACUUGUAACUUACCAGGUAAUAACUGUCAUGAAGCCUAACCAAUGCCAAUGUGUUCUUCCUGGUUAUUUAAGAAAUAUUUCAAACUGUCAUGCUGGAUUCAAGCCUUACCAAGUCUCCCAACUUAUUGAUUUAAAGUGCCUCCUUAGUUCUUGUAGCAUAAUCAAUUGCCUCGUUUCUAGAGGAACAAAACAACACAACACAGGCCUAAGUUCACGUCUUAACCCCUGUUCUUGACCUCUUAUGAAUGAGCUUCACAAAGACGUUCCACAGUUUUUUCAUGAAAGUUUAUAAAGAUAAGAACUCUUCUUUUC